CAAAUAUAAAAUUUAUAUAAUGCAGGCAGCGGCACUUGCACUGUCUCCGUUCAGAGUUAGUUUAGGCAGAGCUCGCGGCCUAUUCACAACAAAGCAAGCGCGACUCACUGAUUGACCAAAAGAAGAAAAAACGUAUAGAAACGUAACGAAACGAAUAAGAGAAAUAAAACUCAAGUGAAUAACGAUAAGUCAACCCAGUGAUGCGUUUGCUAAAAUCGAUAGUCGCCUGCGUGCGUGUCCAACUGGAAGCCAUUUUGCUGGACGGGAUCCUGGGGUACAUCAUGCGCCGCUUCCUGCGCUCGGCCAUGAUUGUCUUCAGUUGGUUUGUGGUGCCCUAUAGCCGCUACACCAACAUCAAGGUGAUACGGCGCAAGUUGCCGCCCAUACGCAGUCAUCUGCUGGAGAUACCUGCCGUCGAUCUAGCCAAGCUGAUUCGCAACAAAAAGGUAAGUACAACUUAUUACACGCACACACGCACACAUGUGUGUGUAUGCAUAUGUGCAUACAUAGAUACAUAG